CCCCUGCAUUACAGAGCAGUAGCUACUGAGCUAGGAUCCAAAAGUGUCCUUAAAUGAAGUUACUUGUGGCUCUUUAUUGGACAAAAAUAAAUUCCAACUGGCCUGUAUAACAAAUGAAACUCAAGUACAAAAAUGUAAUGAUAUUUAUUCACACAGCUGCCAGCAAACUCACAUGCACUAUGAGUCAUUCCAGAUGUGGAUAAAAACAAAGUCUGUCUGUGAAAGUAAGUUUCCUGAUCCCGAGGAGACUUGGUUUGGGAGUGGAGCUGCACACUGACUUCAGCUGUACUCAGAACAGACAGGUUCUCCUUCAAAGGGGGAGGGGGAAAGGAAAAGCCAUUUAUUUAUUCCUGAAAAGAAAGGAACUAGGAAAUUAAAAAAGCUACUAUACAGCUAGACAUAAGUAUUUUAAAGAGAAGGAUGCUUUGGAAGACUUUACUGCUGCUGCUGUUCUAUUACAGUGCUCAUGCCACUGUGACCCACAAAUGGAACAGAGCUAUGCUUUUCCCAGCUGCUCAGCGAUUCAAGAGGUCCUCAGCUGCCUUCCUUAACCCAGUGCUACAAAACUCGCUGGAAGAUGUGGUCCUGCUUUAUGAGUUUCUCUUAGCUGAACUUGACAUUGACAAAAGUCAGAGGAUCUCCAUCAAAGAUGAGGAGCUUGCUUCACUGAGGAAGGCUGCUGAGUUUGACACCAUCUGCAAUGAGAUUAUCCCCAAGAGCAUCACAGAGAUCCGCAGGCUGAGUAGCAUGCUGUCUUCCUACCCAAGGGUCCUCAAGAAAGAAGAUUUUGAAAGGACAGUGUUGACCAUGGUCUACACAGCCUACAGGACUGCACAGUCCCAGGGGCACCAGAAAGACGCUUGGGCUGAAUCCUUUGUCAGUCUUUACAAAGCCCUGAAGCACGACUUGAUGUUUCCAUACAACCAAGACACAUCAUAGUGGGAGACUUGAUGCAAUGGUAAAUCAGCCACCUCUUGUGGUUGAUAAGGGACAAAUACAGCACGUCCAUCACUUUAUGCUGUAAAGGGUUUAAUAGUCUGCUUCAAGAAAGAUUAUUUGUUUUCUAGCUCCCUCUUGUGGAAUCCACUUUCUAGUUCCAUGUUAAAUGGAGAAAAUUGUUAUCUUCGGUCCUGGGAAUUUGAUUUUUGUGCUGGCUUGGGAGGCACAUUCUGUGACAGGCAAAGAAAUUUCAGUGUAUGCCCCAGACAGACAUGUGCUUGUUUCAUCCUGUGGGUUUCCUAUAAGCAGUACAAAAGUAUACUAUACUUAUGCUUACAUACCUAUGUGUACGAGCUGGAGAACGCUGAUUUCUUAGCUAGGGAAGCAAAUUCAUAUUUUGGCUGGCCAGAAAAACAAUAUUAUAAAGGCAUGCAAAGGCCCUCUGAAAAAGGAAGAGGUUUCAUAACUGUCAGUCUAAGAAAUUAUGCCAUAUAUAAUUCAUUCCAAAUAUUCUUCUAAUAAGCACUGUCUGAUUCACUUCAUUUGGCUGAGCCAGUUUUUAAUUGCAAUAACAUUUGCAGAAGACAAAGGGCAUUGUGGAUACCAGCAGCAAACAAUGCCUGUGAACAUACCCUCUGCUUCCUAGAGCUGUCCUCCCAAACAGUCUGCAAUGAUUCUUUCAUUAUUUGCACAUGACUUUGCUUCUGCUCCUUCUUUUUUGAAGGGAACAUGUCCUCAGCAGAGUCAAAGGCCCUGUUUAAUUUAAUGAUGACACAUUUUUUCUGGUUCUAUCACUUGAACGUAGGUCAUCUAAACCCACGCUUCAGAACCCUCCUGAGGCAAGGGAGGAAGGUGCAUUAAAACGUGGUGCUGAAUUUAGCAGUGUGGCUCAUUUUUGGAAGUAAAUUAUAUAUUUACUUGUGUGUAUAUGUCUGUGUAUGCGUGUGUAUGUUCAUGCAUAGGUGUGCAUCUAAGUGCUGAGUACAUGGAGAAUCCUGAAUUGUUCAAUCCCAGAACAAUUAUAUCCAGUCACUUAGCAGAAAAGGACAUUCAUCAGUCCAGUGAUGGGAAUUAUGAGUCUAGGAGCAGUGGAGAAACAGCACUUGUUUCAGCAGCAAAAACUGUUUGUAAAAAUACUGCAACUAUUAUGAACUAUAAAAAAUCAUGGACAGAAAAUGGACAGAAAAAGAAAAUAAAUCUUGUCAGACAGAUGUCUACUGUCGAAAAAUGCAAACUCUUCUAAAGCAAAUCCCCUACAUUUUAAGAGCAAAUUACACAGACUGUUUCUCCAUUGAUAUUAAAGGUUCUUCUACUUCCAGAGCAUGGGAAAACAGCUGAAUAUUUAUUUCAUUCUUUCAUACCAGCAUUCCCUAUGUCUAUAUCUGCAUAAUAUUUUAAGCAUAAAAUCACAAAUCACUGAGGCUGUAAAAACGAACUCAGGACUCCAGCCCCUGUUCUGAAUCACAUUUAACUGCUUUUGCAUCACCAGAGUGAAAGGAAUGAACCCUUCUGUGUCCCUUAACAGGGAUACUCCAAGGACCGAAGCUAAAAAACUCCAGCCAACACUGCCUUGUUGCAGCAAACAGCAGCCAGAGCACACUGGGUUUGGCAAUUACCCAUGGGAAUGUGGAUCCACAGCAGCCUUAGGGACAGGAAGCUGGACAAAGGACUUAGACAGUCAGUCCUGUUUCCUCCAUCAGUUUCUGUAUGUGUAUGCAUGACUGUACAGAUUUGCAUUUAGAUGCACCUAUGUGUAGGUGCACUUUCAUACCUGAAGAUGUUUGUUGGCCAUCUUCAAAGCCUGGCUGGUAUAUGGCAAAGAAAACUGAAAACCUCAACCACAACGCUAUGAGCCACAAGCAUCUUUGUCUCCUCUGCUUGCGCACACAGCUCAGGGCUCACAAAGCAGCCUUGCGCUACAGCCCACAUGCUUUUUAAGCCUUGAGAAUUAACACUGAUCAUGUGUUUGUGUUUUCUUCCCAUACCAUGCUUUAUAAACACAUGGAGGGGAAAUGCUUUAAAGUGCACUCCUGCCUUUCCAGCUCUGUUUCUUGGCUCCCUGAAGCACCGCUUGCUGGAAGUGCCUGGAACCAGAGAGAUUCAUAAAUCUCUUACAGCCAGUGGCUCCAAGUCUGCAAAGAUAACAAGAGUGAGCACCACAGCAAGCAUGCUAGCAGUUACUAUCCAGAGAAAUACGUCCCAGCCAUGCUUCUCACUGCAUAGCAAGACUGUCAAGUGGUCAGAAUUUACUCAUCAGCAAGUAUCCCAUAGAGAAGAAUUAUAGAUAAUUUUGAAUAUCCAAACAUUCCCUAUAGCAUACAUACCUUUCAGUUUGGUAAUUGAACUUUUUAUCUCCUCAACAGAAUAUAAAGUUUUUUCUGAGUUUGUGUCCCUCUUGGCAUUACUGUGUGUAAUGUAAAAAAGAUUUAUUCCUUGGGUAUGUGCUAGGAGUGCCCAAGUUAAUUUAACAGAGACUAUCAAUGUAAUAAUAAAAAUAUUGUACAUAAAACUAA